AUGGAAUUUACCAAUCAUUCUAAAGCACAGAAUAAAAAGAGUAUCCAUUUGAACGCCUUGUUCUACCGACUGAACCGCUGUGAGGCAGAAGAAAUGGAACUUAUUCGUAAUACACUACUCAUAAGGUUGCUGAAAAUUCGUCGACAGCCCACGAUCGGUUUCACCCUUCUUGGGGCUCAUCAGUAUAUUACGAAUAUACAUGUAUCACGUUAUCCCGAAUAUCCUCGCGAGCGAAGUAUGAGGCGGCUUGGUGCAGCACAUUCAGUUGCCUGGAAACAUCACAAACGAGAGAUUCAGCUGGGUUUCAGAUUUUUUGUUCCCGGGCAAAUCAGUCAACAAGAAGCUCUAUCAAGCAAUUUUGGCACUUUAUCAAUAGAACCUUGUUGCACCCCGAAAAGUCUAUUAGAAGAACCGGAUACGGUAAUCAAGUUUACGGAGUCUUUGCCUACGAACUUCAGAUUAUUCGGCCGCCGGUGGUGGUAUAACUGCCCGUCCUCCAGCUCAGGUUUGAUUAUUUGGCCAUUUCCCCUUAAACAGAUGACUUCUUAUUGUUCAUGUCCAAUAGGCAAUUUGACACCCGAUCUUCACUUUUCAUUUCUGCAUAUGAACUGUAAGUCAGAUGUAGUGAACGUUACUCGUUAUCGUUCAGCUGUAGCAUCCUUUCGGUGCCUAACUGCCAUGCCACCAGAAGGUAGUACGAAGGCUGAGAUAGUGUCAGGUUUCCUAAGCCUAGACAGGGGAACUAAAGAGACAGGGUUCGGGUUCGAUCCACGGACCUUCUUGUCAGUUAACUUACGCUUUAACUACUGA